AUGAGAUUAAAUCAAUGUUUAAUGAACCUCCAACAAAGUUGCAAGCCACCUAUUUGGAAACCAGUACCAAUUAUGACUGUUUGCCGUCCAGCUCUACUCUAUGCUCAUGGUGUUGCAUACUUUGAAGCUGAUCGAGUAUAG